CAUUUCUUCCACGUUCAGAGGUCAUUCCCCCGGAAGUACAUGAGGAAAACAGACGCGUCCACAUGGGGAAUGUUUAGAGCUGAAUGUGGAUAGCAAAAUAGUUUACAGAAGAGUAUUUCGCAUGUCUGUUCACGAGAGGCUGACAUUUCAGAUUUAUGUUAUCAGUUUUGUUUAGUUGACUCUUUAAAAACAUGGAAGAUCUCAGCCUUAUCAAGCUACCAGAGACCGAGGACGGAGAACCGGUAAAGACCAGCAAGAAGAGGGUCAGACCCCCGAAGAUAGAGCCCGAAGAGGAGGAACGGAAGAGGCAGAAACACGUGAAGAAGCUGUCGGUGCUGGGGGAGGAGGACAGCUCUGUGAGGCUGCUGGAGGAGCUGGUGUUCGGGGCGGAGGACGAGCUGGUGGAGAGACUCGUGGAGCAGCAGGAUGAGAAGCAGAAAGGGACUCUGUUGGAGGAAGACGGAGACGAAGAAUUGGAUGAAUCAGACACUGAGGAUGAAGCUCGACGGCAGCCGAGGAGAAAAGCUCCUGCCUGGGUGGACGAGGACGAUGAACUGGAGGAAGAGGUGGACAUGAAGCAUCGGUUCCGGAGAGACCUGAUCAAAGGAGAGGCAGAGUCAACCAUGUCCAAACAGAAACUACAGCAGAGGAUGAGAGAGCAGUUCCAGAAGUCCAUGGGAGGAACGCCGUCGUGGGCGGAUAACAGCGACAAGAGGAAAAAGAAGAGAGAUGAGGAAGACGAGGACGAUGAAGAUGAAGAGGACGCUGAGCUGCUAAGGAGGACAGGGAACUUUGUGGCGUCGUCAGACUCUCUGCCCAGCGGCAUCCUCAGGAUGAAGAAAUGUCUUCACGCUAACAACGCCCGCCCGUCAGAAGACCGACUGACCACCAUCCAGUUCCACCCCUCCGCUCAGGUCGUCAUGACGGCCGGCCUGGACCAAUCACUCUCCCUCUUCCAGGUGGACGGGAAGACCAACCCCAAGAUCCAGAGCAUCCACCUGGAGCGUUUCCCGGUCCACCGUGCGGCGUUCACUCCCGACGGCGAGACGGUGAUCGCCACCAGCCUGAAGAACAAGAUGUUCUACCUGUAUGACAUGAUGGAGGGCAGAGUCACACCUGUGCACUCCGUCAGAGGUCUGAAUGAAGCCAGAGUGAAGGAGUUCUCAGUUUGCCCUGAUGGGGGCGCUCUGCUGCUAACUGGAACCAACGGAUACCUGCACCUCCUCACACUCAAGACUAAGGAGGUUGUUCGCAGUAUGAAGAUUAACGGUGACGUCUGUGGCGUCGCCUUCUCUCACGAUGGAAGCAAAGUCUUCGCCAACUCAGAGGAGGGGGAGGUGUAUGUUUGGGACAUGCGCAGCAGUCGGUGCGUGAACAGGUUCACAGACGAUGGCUGUGUGAAGGGAACGUCCAUCGCCGCCUCACGGAACGGACGCUACCUUGCCUGCGGAUCUCAGUCGGGCGUGGUCAACGUUUACUCCCAGGAGGCGUGUCUUAAUUCAGCCAAUCCCAAACCUCUGAAGGCCAUAAUGAACCUGAUGACCUCAGCGACCUCCCUGGCCUUCAACCCCUCGUCUGAGAUCCUCGCCAUCGCCUCCCGAGCUGAAGACGAGGCUGUGCGGCUGGUCCACAUGCCCAGCCUCACCGUCUUCUCAAACUUCCCCGUCUCAAAGAGGAAGAUCGUUUAUCGAGCCAGCUGCCUCGACUUCUCCCCACACAGCGGCUUCUUCUCAUUGGCUAACAACAAAGGACACGCCCCUCUCUUCAGGUUACUGCAUUACAAAGACUUCUGAGGAGGACCCCGACCUGACUGAAGGACCAGCCCACUGUUCUUUCUCCACUCUUUCUCCCUGCCUGCUCCUCUGUAAAUCUUUUUAUUGCAUCUGAUUAUUUUUCAUUCAUUACAUGUACAAAACAAAAACAAAGUUUCAAAUGUCUGAAAGUUUAUUUUUAUGAACUGAAAUCUGCACAUUUUUAAAAACGAGGAGAAGGAGCUGAACGAUUACAGGAUUUGUAGCUCUUGAGCUGAAACUUAAAAAAUCGUGGUGGGGUUUGGUGCGGGCAGCAAGGACGUGGACGUACUGAUGGACUUAGAGACAGAAGCUCAAUAACCACAUGAACUUCUAUAACCCAUAUAUGAGUUUAUUAAUGUGAUGUGAUUGUAUAAAAAAACUUGAAACACGC